AUGUUCUCUUCUAUUAUAUAAGUAUUAAUUAAUUCAUUGGCUAGAUUAGUAUUUGUUUAUUUUAUUUAGGUAAAUUAAUUGGUAAUUCUACAAUAUUUUUCUAUUAUUUCAAUUAUAGCGACAUGCGUAGCUGUAUUUAUAAUUCCAGCGCUAAUAAUGGUUAAUUCCAAAUUAUUAUGAAAUAACUAUAUUAGGUCUGAUUGGAGACACUUCAUAUUUUUCCUAGCUUAUAAUGAAUCGAGCAUAUAUGAAAGGUAACCUUACUGAAAUAUCGAUGCUGGCUUAAUCUUAACUUAUUUAUGGGUAUACUAUUGAUACUUUAAAGGGAACUAACUUAACUAUUUUUACUAUAUUAGGUACAAUAAUAAUUGUUGCUUCCUUAAUAAGUUGUUCUAGACAAAUACAAAUCUUCAUAUUAAAAAGACUCUUUGAUAGACAGAUAAUAAACAAUAUAAGAUUGAGUAGAUUACAUUAUAAUUUAACCAUUAUUCCUCUUCAAUAUAUAAAAUGUUUUUUUCAAGCUUAAGGAAUUUUAAAUAUAAAUUCUUCUUGGAAAUUCUUUUAACUCAUUUAUUUUGAAGGAAUGACUAUCUCACAACUGAAAUUAGAAUAGUUCUAAGAAUUUGCCAUAUCUGAACAUUAUGCUGGAACACACUAAUUUGUAGAAUUA